AUGCAAAUCCAUUGCGGGAGUCAAUGUAUAACAUCGAAUCGAUGCAAGAUCAAUUUGCCCGGAUUGCGGUUGCUAUUCGUCACUCUGAGAUGCGCUCACGGUUGCAAACGGCCGACUAGGCACGAGAAACUGGAGGGCCACCUGGUCGGAAUGUUGCUCACUCAAUUGAAGUGUUGCCCCCAAGAACGAGAGCCAUCAAAAUUGAACGAAAUUCAGUUGCGACUGAUAUGCUGUGAUCUGAAACGUUGGGGUCGCUUUCUGGAUGCACAGCAACAUUCUAGGGGUCUGGAUGCUGGCCCUACAUGA